UGGAUGGAUAACCCUGAUAUGAAGACCCCAGGGAACAGCCACAUCCUCGGGAUAUUAUCUUGCGCUCUCUGUCUGCCGUUGGUAGUUUCCCUUGAAAAAGUGACCAUCCCAGCAGAGCUGAAGUUGGCUGUCCUGAAAUACCCGGUCAAUGCCACCUCCUGCAGCGUCACCUGCGGGCCGGGCUACAAGCUGGAGGAGAUAUGUGAGAUCACUCCCUCUGGAGAGAGGAGGAAUUGUACCUUGCGCAGGUCCUACUGCCUCACCAGCUGGCUCUGUGGCUUACUCUACUUCACCGUCCCCGUUGGCCAACCCUUCCAGUUCAGCUGCCUGACCACGGACCCAGCCAGCUCUGGGAGCCAAGCUUAUACCUACACGUGGAGGCUUGCCCAGGGCCUUAUCACCACAAACGAUGUGCUGUUCAAACCUUUCAAUAACCCAAAUUCUGUUGUCAAAUUUUCCCCUACCAAGGAGUCCGAUGCGGGGACCUACCGAUGCGACGUGCAGAUACUGAAGACACUUAAAGUCAUCAAGAGGGUCUACUUUGGGAUCAGAGUGGUGCAAAAGAACUUAGUGGAUCUGAACUUUCAAAAAUUCUUGACCUGGCAACAGAAGUUAGCAGCAAACAAGGAGCUGGUGUACUACCCAGACAAUAGCACCCAUGAAGAAGUGCACGAGCAGCGGCAUUUUUGGCGAGGAGGGUUGUUUUCUGAAGGCUUGAUAGGAGUUGGAAGCGGGGUGCUGGGGGGUGUCUUGUUGAGCGUGGCUCUCUACUACUUGCAGAAGAUUGUGGCAAGGAGAGCUGCAAAGAAACGAACCGCCAUUUAAUGCAAUUGCUUGUCUCUCUAUUAGUGUUGAUGCAGUAUUUCAUGGCAAUAUCUGUAAUUUUUUUUCUGGCUGCCACAGUUUAUUGCCAAAUAUUUUCUUGAGCUUCGGAGUCU